AUGAACAUUCUGACGGUGCGCAAGCUAACGGCAACACGGUGGCAGAGCCACGACUCCGUGAAGCUGAUCAAGUUCGCGGACGACACCACCCUCAUUGGACUCAUCUCCAACAACGAUGAGUCCGCCUACAGGAGGGAGGUGGACCGGCUGGUGUCCUGGUGCAGUGGUAACAACCUGGAGCUGAACGCCCAGAAGACAGUGGAGAUGAUUGUGGACUUCAGGAAGAGCACUGUCCCCCCGCCCCCACCCUCCGUGAUGGACUCCCCCAUCACCUCUGUGGAGUCCUUCCGUUUCCUGGGCACCACCAUCACCCAGGACCUCAAGUGGGAGCCGACCAUCAGCUCCCUCAUCAAGAAGGCCCAGCAGAGGAUGUACUUCCUGCGGCAGCUCAGGAAAGCCAAGCUGCCUGCACAGAUGUUGGUGCAGUUCUACACGGCCAUCAUCGAGUCCAUCCUCACCUCCUCCAUCACCGUGUGGUUCGCUGGAGCCACAGUCAGGGACAAACAGAGACUACAGCGCAUUGUGCGCUCUGCAGAGGAAGUGAUCGGCCGCAGCCUUCCAUCGCUGCAGGACCUUCGUUCUCUGAAGGUGAAGAUGACAAAGAUCACGCUUCUCGCAGGCGCGUGCCUGAUGCUCUGCCAACUCGGCUCGGCCAUGCAGAUGGUGUGCUAUUUCACCAACUGGUCCCAGUACAGACCAGGUGAGGGGAAGUUCCUGCCUCAGAAUGUGGAUCCGUUCCUCUGCACGCACCUGAUCUACGCCUUCUCCAUCAUCAACCACAACAACGAGCUGGUCACCUACGAGUGGAACGACGACGUGCUCUACAAGUCCUUCAACGGCCUCAAAACCAAGAAUCCACAUCUGAAGACUCUGCUGGCGGUUGGCGGGUGGAACUUUGGCUCUGCUCAGUUCUCCAUCAUGGUCUCCACUCCCGCCAACCGUCAGAAGUUCAUCCAGUCUUCCAUCAAAUUCCUGAGGACCCAUGGCUUUGAUGGUCUGGACCUGGACUGGGAGUACCCUGGAGCCCGAGGAAGUCCUCCAGAAGACAAGCACCGGUUCACUCUCCUCUGCAGGGAACUGGUUAAAGCCUACGCAGCAGAAGCCAAGUCCUCAGGCAAAGCUCAGCUCAUGCUCACUGCUGCUGUGUCGGCCGGAAAGGGAACCAUCGACGGAGGAUAUGAGAUCGCUGAAAUUGCUAAAGAGCUAGACUUCAUCAAUGUCAUGACCUACGACUUCCACGGGACAUGGGAGCAGUUUACCGGACACAACAGCCCUUUAUACCGUGGUUCUGAAGACUCUGGAGACCUCAUUUACUUUAACACCGACUAUGCCAUGAAGUACUGGAGAGACAAAGGCACUCCAGUCGAGAAGCUGAGGAUGGGAUUUGCAGCGUAUGGUCGUACUUUCCGCCUGACCUCCGCAGAAACCGGGGUCGGAGCUCCGGCAAAUGGCCCCGCAGCUGCUGGACCUUUCACCCGUGAAGCUGGUUUCUGGUCUUACUAUGAGAUCUGUAGCUUUGUAAAGGGCACAAACCUCCACUGGAUUGAAGACCAAAAGGUUCCAUACGCCACGAAAAACAAUGAAUGGGUGGGAUUUGACACCAAGGAGAGCUACGAGAUCAAGGUGCGUUACUUGCAGGAGCAGAAGUUCGGAGGUGCGUUCGUGUGGGCGUUGGAUCUGGACGACUUUGCAGGACGUUUCUGCGGCGAGGGCAGUCACCCGCUGUUGUCUCACCUCCGCAAACUGCUUGACAUCGAGCUGCCCCCACUGCCCCCCACGACCACCCGUGACCCCAGUGUUACCACCCUCACUACAACCACCACCACCACUCACGCCCCGGGGCCCGGCUUCUGCAACGGAAAACCCGACGGUCUGUACCCAAACCCCGACGACAAGGCCAGCUUCUACUCCUGCGCUGGAGGCAGGACUUACCUCCGCCACUGUGCGACCGGGACCGUCUUUGACAGCGCCUGCAAGUGUUGUGUCUGGGCGUGA